GGCCGCAGCAAGCAAGCAAGAAAAGGGGCGGGGCUUCAGUAGCAGCGGCGCGUGGCCUCGCCCCGCCCCCUCCGACGGUUUCGCGCGUGGCCGGGGCUUCGCCGGGAGCGUUGCGCGCCUUUUCUCCGGGGGCGUGGGGGGAGGCGGGAAAAGGCGGGAUGCUCCCUUCGGCGGGUUUCUUCAGGAGCCUCCCUUGCCCCUUCGACGCCCGCGGGUGCCGGCGGCCCCACUGCCAGUACAGACACGAGGCCCUUCGGCGCCGCCUUCAAGGGGAGCCGCCGGUCCCUCAGCCGCGGCCCCUAAGCGGCUCUUCCGCGCAGGGUGAGGGAGGGGAGCAGCCGCUGGCGCGUGUGGACGGCGGGCUUUAAACGCGCGUUUUACUUCACGCCGCCGUCUCCGGGGUCCUUCACGGCCGGCCGCGCGUUCCCGCCUUUUCCCCACACCAGUUUCCCCGAACUGGAGCCUCUUCUCCACGAGCCGGAUAAAAUAUCAAGGCUUGUCAUCCCAGCCUGCGCUUUUAAAAAGCGAUAUUCCUUGCUUUGUGUCUCCUCGUUCAGAGAAAUGAGAUUGAAAAUAGGCCCUUUUUAAUUACCGGCAUCUGUGUUGUGCAGUGCCGGAUUUACGUGCAAGCUAAACAAGCUAUAUAGGACCCCAAAACAUUUAAAGGGAAAAACAACAACUGGAUGUACAUUUCCAAAAUAUAAGAUAAAAAACAAAACUUACAUACAGCAGCAGUGUUUUGUGUUGUGUAGGCUCCUAUGAUGUAAGUCACCUGCCCCGCCUGCUAGCCUGCUUCCUAAAAUAUCACCUGUUUGCUCAUUUCUGUAUAUAGGGUGCCUACAUUCUGCAUUUGCAAAUGGCUUUAGAUACUUAUAGGUCCAUAAAUUACCAUAUAGCAUAUAUUCAACACAAAAAAACCCAGCGACAGUUUGUUGUUGACAAAGGACAGCUGGACAUAAAAAUUGCCUUGAGUAGCUUAGGGCCUCAUCAAACCUAAAUCCGGCCCUGGUGUUUUGUUAAUAAUUUUUUUACCUUUCUUCGGUAGUUCUUAUUUCUAUGUUUUAUGUGUUGCCAUGGCAUUAUUUUUCAGGUGAUUUGGAAUAUGGUUUCUUUAGGCACCCCUAAAAUGCAUUCACUUUGGCUCCUUCACAGUGUCUUUGUUGAGUAAUUCUUAGAAACAACGCACAUGGUUUAGAUGGGUUUUUGUAUCGUGUGUCGCUUUAAAGCAAUAAAGUAUUUCAAUGCCCUUCAAAAAUAGUUGAUGACAGAACUAAGAGUUCGGACUAAGUUCUGUAGUUGUAUUCUUUAAUGCUCUGUUUACAUAUAAUUGAAAUAUUAGUGUAUAACCUAAGGCUAUGGUAUUUAUAAAACUUUCUUCUAAUCAACAGGUCUUGAUAAAAAUAUCCAAGAAUUAGAAAUGAUCAACAAAGCAAUUCAAUCACUCAAGACUGAAGUUGAAGAGCAGAAGAAACUAUUUUGUUACGACUGGGUGCAAGAUUUCAAAAAUAAUGUGAUUCUUGCAACAAAUCACAACAAAGGAAAUAAAUCUUUCUCUGAUGAAGGUGAUGCCUGUAAUAGUCCUGUAGAAGUAAAAAAUAAUGCCAUUUCAAUCUCAAAAGAAUCUAAAAGGUCCAGUAAAUAUAGUCUUGACCAUAGCUGUCCAGCUACUGAUCUUGAAUAUGACCCAUUACUCAAUUAUUCUGCAGGUCUCGGGUCUUCUUUGAAGGAAGUAGAUAAAAAUGACACAUGCCACUCUAAACAUUUUAAAAUCUCUCAUUGUAGAGAUUUACAAGCAUCUAUAAAAACUUUUCCAGGUAAAAAUAGAUUCAGAUCCCCAAGGAAGAGAUCAGUAAGUUCUUCACCAAUAAAACUCCAGGAAUCAGAUGAUGAUAUGCUUAUAAUAGAUGCCCCACCAAUGAAUGUAUCAAAGAAACCAAGAAUAAGCAAGACCUAUAAAAAGUGGAAUAGGGAAGUAAAUGAGAUGAGUUUUGGAGCUAAUUUAGAAACUGUUCAGAACUCUGGAACAUCAGAUAUUUUAAAAAAUUUAGAGGGAGAAAGAUCAGAAGUCAUCACUGUUGGCCUGCAUAGUGUUAAUCAAAGUGAUGGAAAUAAAAGUAAAAUAAAAAUUUCAGCAGCAGAAAGUGCUUAUUUAGCAGAUGUCAAAGCGAGUGCUUUGAGUGUAGGAAGCAAACUUCGGAAAAAAUAUUACCCUGCUACUAAAGGCAAUAAUGUAUCUCCUCAGAUGAAGUUUGAAAUGAACAAAGAAAUCUUGAAGGAGGAGUCACUGAAUGUUAUUUCUGUUAAAGCAUGCAAUAUGACUGAGGUUAGUAAUCAUAAAACUUUGCUGAAAAACAAAACUCAGACUAACCUAUAUUCUAGAGGUAGUACAAAAGAUAAAGUUACAGCCCUACAAGAAAGCUCUAAAAAAGAUCCAGUACCUUUUGGGAAAUGGAGUAUUCAGCUACAUGGAAAAAGCAAUGCAUUGCCUAUUAAACGAAGCUGUGUUCCAGUUUUGAGUGAGGACACAUUUGUUGAAAAAACUGGCGAAAAUUGUACUGAUAAAACUAUGAAAAAGGAUGCCAAAGAAAAUGAGAUAAUAGUAUUAGACUCUUCCGAAGAAGAUGACGUUGAAGAGGAUAAUGAACUUUCUGAAUCAGAUGAUACUAUGGAAGAAUGUCGGAGAAUCUUCAAUGAGUAUGUUGAACAUGAAGCACAAAAGGAAAGAUUAGCAAAGCAGGUAAUUUUGCUUUUCUCAGUUUAUUCCUUCCUCCUUGUAAAGGCAGACACAAAUUGUUUUCUAUUUAAUCUUUUUUCUGACCAUUCAGCACUUUUUUUUUGGUGUAUCAAUGCAUAUUCACUUGGUGAGGAUCUGGAAUUAACAGAUGAUAAAAUUCCAGCUAAUAGUUAGGGGGAAAAGUAGUACUUUUUUGUUAAACAAAGGUUUUUUGUAAUAUUAAAGAUUGCCUUUGGAUUUCCAUCCUCUGAAAGUCUUUUUUUAAGUUUCAGGAAGCCAGAGUUCAUUACAGAACUGCAGUAUCAUGAAAACAAACUGUAAUUUGUUGUAAUUUUAUAAUUUAGAAACAACAAUCUUGAUAGUUUUUGCAGUUUGUGUAUGGCUAUUUUCCUUUCUUUAAAAAAAGCAGGCCCUUGCAGUGCAAACAGACGUAGACUCAGAUUUGAAGACAAGUAUGCUUCCUGGACAGAAGAGAAGAAUUGCACACACUGCAAAAUUUGAUGUGAGUUUCAAUCUAGCAGUUUGGGGAAAUAUUUGCUAGUAUUUCAUUAUGUAAACAUGGAUAUAGGUUAAUAGCAAAUAAGUGGUGUCAACCUAUUGAAAUUAACGGACCUAACUUAAUCAUGUUAAUUAAUUUCAGUGGGUCUACUGUGAGUAGGAGUAUCAUUAGAUACAGUCCAUGGUGUGGGAAACAGUUCUUAAUAUCUUAAAUGAGAUACUAACAUUUUGUCUGUUACAGCAUGUUAAACCUGUCAGGCAGGUUUUAAGUUGCAUUUUCAUGUCUGCAUUUUCCUCUCUUUACUACAAUUUCAGAUGUUGACUUAAUUUGUGUUUGUUUCAUGAAUAGAUUGUAGAUACAAUUUGCAUAUCACCUUAAAGUUAAGAGCCACCAAACCUAAGAUGCCAAGUGACAAAAUAUCAAAUGAUACAUUGGUGAACAGGUCCAAAUUGCUAAUGGACAAACCAUUUUCUGAUGCAAGGUGCUCUACUUUUAACAGAAUGGUAUUGAUAGUAACUGAAAUAGUGACAAAACUGUUUGACCAUUUAUCUUUAUGAAGAGAUGGAAAUACUGCUUUACAGUCCUGGGGUGUAACUUUAGGGUAGUAAAUACAGUAUUGCACUUACUGAAUUUAGAAAUUGUUCAUUCUUCAAUACUCACCAGGUUAAUACCACUAAAGAAAUAAUUGUGCCUUUAAAAGCACCUCUUCCACAGCGGACCUGUCAUUCCAGAAUACUGCAAGCACAGCAACAAGCAACACAAAUAACAACUGCUGUUAAAAGUGGUCAAGCUUUUGUUGCUGCAACUUGCGGCCCAAAGAGAACUGCAUCUGUAAUACCAGCUACUCAGAUUCAAAGCAUGGGCCCCAUAGGUAUGACUAAGUAGUAUAUUACACUUUUGAUAUUUGUUGAGUUUCAUAUGAGGGUUUGUGUGAGUUAAAACAAGAUCGCAUAAAAUUUAGGUUUAAUUUGCUUCCCAGUCCCCCAGACCAAGAAACCAACAGCAGGAUAUGUAGAGAAUGAGUAGUUGAUUGUUCCUAGGUUUCUGAUUCAGAUCAGGUUUCAUCAAAACAGCCAGUGUCCAUGCAUUGAUAGCUUAGAAUCUGUGAGAGACAAAUGUGGUGUCCUCCAGAUGUUUUCAACAAUUCACAUCAGCCCUAGCCAUGAAGGGGAAAGGGAAUAGAACACUGUUCCACGCUAUUUGAAAACAUGCCCACCUGUGUGUAUAGACAAUACAGAUGGUAUCUGUGACUUUAAAUGAGGUGAUUGCAAGAAGGUGUGCACAAUUGGUAACCACUGUACAAAAGCGCCCUUUGGAAAAAUGACCCCUGUGCAUUUCAAAGGCUACAUUGUACACAGCCUGUAUCACAGCCAUUGCAUCUCACAAUACCUGUUUUCUCCAAAGCAGAACGGGAUUGGUUCCCCCCCCCCCCCCCAGUAUCUCUGAUAGAAUUAGUGAUGUGUAAGGGAUAAGCUCCCGUUGCUCGGUCCCUGCUCCUGCCAACCUAGCAGUUCGAAAGCACAUCAAAGUGCAAGUAGAUAAAUAGGUACUGCUCCAGCGGGAAGGUAAACGGCGUUUCCAUGCACUGCUCUGGUUCGCCAGAAGCGGCUUAGUCAUGCUGGCCACAUGACCCGGAAGCUGUACGCCAGCUCCCUCGGCCAAUAAAGCGAGAUGAGCGCUGCAACCCCAGAGUCGGCCACGACUGGACCUAAUGGUCAGGGGUUCCUUUACCUUUUUUAAGGGAUGGUUUUGGGAUAUAUUGCUUUAUGUACUGGUAAUUGCUGUUAAAUGUAAAAUAAAUGCCGGUACACAUGUUCAGCAAGGUGUUGGAAGGCUGGUAUUAUCAACCAGCAGCAUGGAAACCUUCAGUGAGCUCAGGUGAUCACAUGACAGGUCGUAUUGUCUGUCAUACCUGUGGCAAGGAAUGGUCACCACACAAAAGCUGUUCCUCCCAUGUGACUGCCUUAAUGGUCACUCUGGCAUUUACUGUAAUCAUUCAGCUUCCAGAUAAAGUUUAAGAAGAUAGUUUGGCUAUGUGAAGUGCAUUUACAAAUGAAGCUUCAAACUACAUAAUAUUUGUCUAUUUCAGUUUGUUUAAAUGUGUUUGAAGUUCAGCCUGUUGGAACAAGCACUGGCCAAGUGAAUGUACUACUUCCUGGAAAUGCAUUAACAUCAGUGCCAUGUAGACUUCCCAAUUAUCCUGUAAAAAAAAAUACUCCCAUGCCAAUUAAGGUAUUUCAUAUUUUCCUUUGUGUUAAAAUAGAGUAAAAGGCUUCUGGGUUUAUUGUCAAAUUUAUUAAGAAGUUAUUGGGGGACAUAUGGGAAACCAGUGCAUAAAGUGCCAUACUAGUUUGAAAUGGUGAUGUCCUAAUAGUAUUUUUUAAAUUUAAAAAUCAGUGCAGUAAAGCAGAGGUGGUUUGUAGGUUGAAGGUGACUAAUAGGGCCUUCCCAUCCAAUCUACAGCCCCUUCUCUUCACUGCAGUGUGUUGUUUAGAAAUUGACAUAAACUGAAGACUGUGUUCAAGCCUAAUUCUAGUAUGAACAUUUUUGGUAUGUAGGUUGUUUAUCUGUGUAGGGAUAAUCCUCCAUUCCUGUGUGCUGUGACCCAAUAGUAAACAGUGCUUAUUUUGAUUUCAUUCGAAUUUGAACCAGGUCAAUGGGUGUGUGGGUGGGUGUAUGUCCAUGUCCAUGUUUGCAUGUGUGUGUGAGUAGGCCAGGACUCAUUUUUGGCCCUGCUGACCUUGAUGGGCUGGCAAAGAGGGAAUGCAGCCAAUGGGAUUUAAAGUGUUAACAAACCACCACAAUACAGUAUAUUUAGAGAGGCAGUUUGCUGUUGAAAAAUAUUCUGACUUUGCCAUACUCUUGCAAUUUUGGAGAUAGGAUUUGAGGGAGAAGAGUUUGUAGCUAUAUAAUAAGGUAUUUGUUCAAAAGUCUUUUCAGUGAUUUAGAAUCCUUUUCUUUUACCCAAAACAAUACCUUUCAAUAAGUUUAGGAACGUUAUUUCAAUUCAUGCACGUAGUAAGUUAAAUAUAAGUUAACAUUUCAGCCAUCAAGUCGGAGAAGGCCUCCUGUGAUUGCCGAGCUGGGAUCCAAAGUACCACAUGACACAAGGCAACGAUAUGUCAAUUUUUUUUUGGAAGAAUUCUUGAAAGUUUGUGCAACAGUCAAUGAAGCUUUUGACAAGGUCUGCAGUAGUUUUAAAAACCAAUGUAAUUUAUUUUUUAUGACAGUUAUAUGAAUUGUGGAUAUGUGAAAUAAGUGCUGAGUGCUUUGUUGCAAACAUAACAUACAUUGUGAUCCUGUGUGUGUAUACUCAAGAGUAAAUGCCAUUUAUUUUGGUUGGACUUUUGCUCCCAAUGAAGUCUGCAGUGUACUGCAGUUUUAGGCUGCAAUCCUAAACCUAUUUACUGGGGUGAAAGUUCCUUUGACCAUAAUCGGACUUGUUUCUAGGUGAACAUACAUAUGAUUGCAGUGUUAACUGGUACCAUAUUGGCCUGAAUAUAAGCCUCACUUUCCCCCCAAAUUCAAACCAUGAAAAAUUAAAAAACGCGGCUUAUAUUCGCGACUUGACAAUAUGCAGCCAGGAGCACGGCAAAGUGGCACCCGCCCAGCGCGUAUUCCUCCAUCCUCUCCCCCGAGGCCGGCGAGGAAGGGGAAAGGCCGCCAGCAAUGCAGCUCCAUUCCUCGCUGCUCCCAGUGUGCAGCCCGGGCAGAAUGAUGGGGACUUUCUGUAUUCAUUAUGGAUUUGUCCUAAAAAGUAAAAGUUCAUUCUUAAUAUUUAAUUACUUUACUAAAUGUAUUUGUCACCCAUCAAUAUUCCUAUUUCCAAACAGUAUUUGAAAAAUAAACAUUCCUUAGUAAUAAAAAGGCUAAGAAUAGAACGCUCAUUAUAUAUUAUUAAAUUGUUACUGCAUAUUUAAAAGAAACUUAAAUUGGAGAUACCAGGAAAUCAACUAACACAAUCUUCUUGAAUGAAAAUAAUUGAUUUUAAAAAAGAAUCUGAUUUAAAAUAAAUUCUGAAUUUAAAUUGAAGCGGAUAUGGUGAUUGUACUUAUCUCUGAAUCUAUUGUGAGACCAUUACAGUUAAACAUUUAAUGCGGUGCAAAACUGUAGGACUAUUUACAGUACAUCACUAGUGGAGUGUUGAACUUGUUUCUCAAACUGCAUGCAAGCACAUAUCAGUGCCACACAGAAAGCCACCGAUGAAAACCAGAAUACCUUUAAAAGCAGUUUGUGAUGGAGGGAAUGAAAACAUUAAAUUGUCUGGUGCAACUGAAAUGGAUCUCUUGAGUUGUGACCACUAAACUUUAAAUGCCACUUUCUCUAUAUAUAUAUAUCAGGGGAAAAGGCAGGAUAUAAAUAAUAUAUUAUUAUAUAUUUAUUUAUAUCCUGCCUUUUCCCCUCAUAGGACUUAAAGUCGCUUACGUAUAAAAACAGAACCACUAAAAAGGACAUCCAAAGGCAGCCCUGUUUAGGGAAGUUGUUAAUGUUUGAUGUUUUAUCGUGUUUUUAAUACUCUGUUGGGAGCAGCUCAGAGUGGCUGAGGCAACCCAGUCAGAAGGGCAGCAUAUUAUUACUAUUAUUAUUAUUUGUUUGGAUGCUCUUCCCCGUUACAUACUCUGUUCUAUUGCAGGGGGCGGAGUACAGGGUAGAUGUGCAAUUUACAGUAUGUAUCAUACACACUUUUCUUUUUAAUGUAGGCAUUGAAAGAAGAAAAAGCAAUAUAUGACCGUUGUGGUAGUAAAAAUAUAUACUUGAAUAUAGCUGUGAACAAGCUUAAAAAAUUGAGGGAUCAUAGCAGUGUGUCAUCAGAUGGUAAGUUCCAGUGACGUGGGAAGGGAAAACUGGUGGUUAAAAUGGACCAAUUUUAUUUCUCUUCUAAAUACAUUUAAAUUAUAUACAAUGUUUGUUUGUAGAAAUAAGUUCACAUUAACAAUGUAAGACAUCUGUGAUUUUAUUUUAUAUAGGCCAGCCCUCAGACAAUAAAUGCACUACUACAACUGGCUUUAGAAAAGAAGAAAAAAAUGGUAAAAUAAAACUAUUACUGUCUUUUGAAAAAUUCGCACAAAGUAUUAAAAUUCUUUCACGUGUGAAGUACUUAUAAUAUAAAAAGCUAGUUUUUUCUAGUUCUGAUACUCUUUACUUGCUUAUAAUGAAAAUGAAAAGUAAUGAAAAAAAUCCAGUGCUUUCAAAAUGUUUUUAUUCUUGUUUUUAUUAUGUAUUUUUCUUUUUUGUAUUUUUACUGAGAUCUUUGAAUGAAAGGUUGUAUAUAAAUUUUAAAAAUGCUAUGACAAAAGGCAUAUAUUUAGGAUGAAUUUGUAAAGUUUCACAGCAUAUAUAAACUUAACCAAAGAAAAACUAGCUGCUACUGACUACCUAUAAGUUGAAUCUGAAAAUAAUUCUGACAGUUAUAAUGCCUGAAUGACAGCUCUUCAGAGUUUUUUAACUGUUUUGUUGGGGUGAUUAAGAUUUUACAGGAAUUACUCUCUAUAAACUUCUAAAAGAAUAUGCUUUGACUGAUGAACAGUUGAAGGAAAAUGGCUUCCCUGAACCAAAUCCUGAGAAACCUGGCAGUGCUGUACUAUGCAGUGGCUCCAUAAAAGCAGCUUUAUCUGACUGUGAGUAAAUGAGAAUGGAAUGAAAAACUGAAACCCAUCAGAAAAAUCUUCCUAUAUUGUUCAAAAAAUGCUUUCCAACAUAAGAUUUCAUCCACAAUGUGCUACAAUAAAAUGCUUGUAAGUGUCACUCAUUGCCAGUACUGUGAAUCAAGUCAUCCUGGUUAAUAAAGCUUGAAGAAUAACUGUAUUUUUUCUGCUCCUGAUCUAUCAAUUUAACAACUUAAUUAAUAUUGUUUGGGUGAUUAUCCAUCUGUUCCAUGCAUAAUUGGAAUAUAUCUGAAUUACUCCUACCAAAGCUUUACUAUUUUGAUCAGUAAUUAUGCUAGUAGUAGCAAUUCUGCUGCUUGGUAAUGUGAAUGAGAACCAAAUUCAUUAGAUUUUUUGCAGUUGUUCUGGUGAUUAAAAUGGUUUCUGGGGGUAAGUGCAGAUGAACAUCUUACAGGUCUCAAUUCUGGCUUACUACUGGAUUGUGUUACUGGUUACAGCUUCCAGAAGAAUUUGUUGUCGAUGCGGAGAAAUAUAUACUGUAACUUCAUCAGGAAGGCAUGUUCGGAAAGAAGAAUGCAGCUACCAUUCUGGUAGAGUAUUAAGACAUAAAGGUAAGGAUAAACUCCUGUCUCCCCAGACAUAUACUGGACAUGCCGGUGAGAUUGAGACUACUCAGGUAAUGUCCACCGAAGCAGGGCCAGCAAGUUAAAUUUUGAUUAACAAUGAAGGGGUUAAAAAUAGUUUUGCUUGCAUUUUUCCUUAUUAAGCCACCAAUCACUUACCAUUAGAUACAGACUUUGCACUAAUUUGUGGUAUAAUGUUAUUAAGCAAGGAGCAAACAUUGGGUCUGUGUUCUUCUCACCACUUCCUGUCACACAUGUUUUUUCAUGCUUGUUUCAAUAUAUAACAAUACAGAGAACUGUGACUUAGUAUUUUAGUAGCCAGGAUCUUAAACUGGAAUUGAUUUUAAUAUUAUGCUUAGUAAACCAACAUCACAACACAGUGCCCCAUUUCAGAUCUAACAAAACUGAUGCUGUGAUGGUGAUUAAAUUAAACCAAAGUUGGUAUCUGAGGGAGGAACAUCCAGAUCUGAUGCUUGUUCCAACUUUCCUAAAUGGUGGUUUAGCAUGCCAGGACUGUCACCACCCCCAAAAGAGCCCAUGUAGGUAGUGUAGUUAAAACUAAUAAAUUAUAUUCAGCUAUUUAUGCUUGACUUUGUACAGUGCCUCACUUUCAUUUUCCUGCUCUUUUUAGUAAAAUACAUGAUGGGUGAUAAGGUUGUCAUUUUGUAUUCUCAGUAUAGCUACAAUCUUGAGAGAAACUGACACACAUUUGUAAUAAAACUAUAAUUUCUUUGGAUAGUUGGAAAUCCAAUUCAGUAUCCCUUUCUUCAAUGCAUGUAUAUUUGAUCCUUGGAAUUCAACUUGGUUUUGUUAAACUGAUAUUUUUUUUAAGCAGAGCUACUCCCUUAGUGUUCUGGUUUGCAUAUUUAAAAUAAAGUGUAUUGGUGUAUGCGGCUAAAAUUAUGGGCGCUUCACACAUCCCUUGGUAUUACUGCUGCCAGGAAACAGACUGUUGUGUUCUCAAAACCUGGGGUUGUAGUUUCUUUCUCCAAACAAACCAUGAUCCAAAACCAAGGUUUUGUUCUUGGCUUCUGCUUGUGUUAUGUUUAGGGGAAACUAACAAUGAGCCCAGGGUUGAACUACAUGAAAAAGGCAGACUAUGGUAUGUUUCCUGACAGCAGUGAAGGGAAAAAAUGUUUGCGAUUUCAGCAGUGUGCAUCAACUUGUUUGUUCACAUUAAACCAUUGUUUAUUUUAAUUAUUUGGUUGUGAUGUGUGAACCAAGUCAGUGUAAGAAGGUAACUGAUAGUUCAAAGUACAAUAGAUCAAAAUUUUAAUUUUUUGGAUAAGAAUUGAUUUGAAAUUACUCAUCUGCUUCCUAUUACUUACCCUGUAACAGUUCCGGGUGGUCUGGAAACACGUUACAGUUGUUGUGAAGGAGUGGUAGGAUCUCCUGGAUGCCAGGUUGCAAAGGUGAGAGUACUCUCCAGUUGCUGUUCUCAAACUUUUCACAACAAACCAACAACACCAGAACUGGCUUAUGAAUAUAAACAACAAUUUUACUAGAAUGGGUGUAAAACCUCAUAAACCAACAAGACAAUGAACAAAGUAAAAUGCAAAGUGCGUAACCAAGCCUGGAGAUACUCAUAAACAUAAAAUGUGGCAGAUGGAACAAAUACAGUGGUACCUUGGAUUAAGUACUUAAUUCGUUCCGGAGGUCUGUUCUUAACCUGAAACUGUUCUUAACCUGAAGCACCACUUUAGCUAAUGGGGCCUCCUGCUGCUGCUACUGCUGCACCGCCGGAGCACAAUUUCUGUUCUCAUCCUGAAGCAAAGUUCUUAACCCGAGGUACUAUUUCUGGGUUAGCGGAGUCUGUAACCUAAAGCGUAUGUAACCCAAGGUACCACUGUAGUCAUUCAUUGGAAGCACAAAGCCACAAACGUGGGAGCAGCUGCCAGAAAGCGUUCUUCACGUAGCUGUUAGCUGGAAGUGCAAAGCCAAAUGAUCAAUUGAAGCCAAGUAGAUGAGACCUGUUCUCUGGAUAUUAUCCAGGUCUCGUAGCAAGCUUCAUCAGUCCAUAAUGCUAAUCACUCAACACGGUUCAGUAACUGUUCCUGUGAGUUCCUUUUGUCUUGAGUGAACCAUGUGUUAAGACAUUCUUAUCGCAUACAUAACCAGUAUAGCAACGAGAGAGACGCUGCCACAUUUUAUGUUUUUGAGUAUCUCCAGGCUUGGUUAUGCACUUUGCACUUUAGUUUGUUCAUUGUCUUGUUGGUUUAUGAGGUUUUAUACUCAUUCUAGUAAAAUUAUUCUUUAUAUUCAUAAGCCAGUUCUGGUGUUGGUUUGUUGUUUAAUUAUUGUUAUAACACCUGAUAUUUUUUGUGUAUACUCAAACUUUUCACAGCACAUAUAUUUCUCCGGAUUUUGUUUUAGCUUUUGCUUGCAGCAAUCUGCCUAUAGCCACUGAUUGGCUGUCUACAUAGAGAGGGAUUGACAGGGGUCAAGCAUGAAAGACAAAGUGUUUUAAAAUCUCUUGAAUUCCAGAUACAGCUAUUCUGUUAGUCUUGUUAUCUUAGCAGAACUAGAGCAAAAUAGGUGACCAAGUUUCCUUCAAGAAGCUCCAACCCUCCUCUUUUGUGUAGAGCAGCGUGGUCCAAUGUGCAGCUCAUGGGCCACAUGGAGCCCUUGAUGUCUUUUUUGUGUGGUCCUUGGCAACAUUUGACACAUACACCCUGCGAUGCAGCCCUCCCACUGCUUUCCCAAAGCUGGGUAAGCGAGGCUCUGGGCUUUGGGAAGGAGGCUUUGACAGGGUCCUAGAGUUGUCCCACCUGCUUCCCAGAGCCCAGUUAGUACUUUCCUAGCUUUGGGAAGGAGGUGGGUGUCAAAUGUCGGCCUUGUUUCCCACCCCUGCAGUAUGCCACCUGCAGGUUCCAUGUGAAAGUACUCCGGUGGCCCACUUGGUAUGAAAAGUUGGGCGUAGUGUGUAUUUUUUCUUGGCCCUAGAAGCCAUUUCCUGAACUGAAUAUUGGUGUAAGUGUAGUCUUUGGCAGAGAGACAGACAUGUUAAAAAUGUAUGCAUUUCUGAAGUUUCUAAAAGGGAGAUGAGAAUAGGGGUAGAUUUUUAAUUUGUUUUGGGGAAUUCUGUUCUCAUGAUAUCAUAAUAUGCUAGAAAACAAGAUGGGACUGGUUCUAAAAAAGUGUUGGGGCUCAAGCCUGCCUCAUUUCCUUAAAUCUAAAUUUGUGAGAGAAAAGCAGAUAAGUAAUAAAUUAGUGUUGAACAUGCUAAGGGACACUUUAGUUUACACUUUCUGGGACUUGGUCCUGAUAUUAAAACAAGCUGUAUCUUGAUGGACAGUGGCAGAUGCUGUAAUUGUUUUGCUUUCUGUAUUAAGGUUUAGUCUUCUAUUUAAUGUUUUUGCCUCCCUCAUCUUGGUUACUGUGUGGGGAAAAUGAACAUUUGAAAUGCAUGAAGAAGUAGCAUUUAAAAUUUAAAAGACAGAUAAUGAACGCUGAGGAUUUCAACUUCAUAUUCUUUAACAUUCUUUAACCAGUAAUCAAGUGCUUGACAAAAUAGUGUAUAAAUUUAAUUAAAAGUUACUGAAAAUAUGUCACUUCUCAGACUAAUUUGAAUAUUCCUUGUUGCUUUGUAGCUCCAUGUUCAUGAUGGCAGAAAAGAAAAUAUAGAUGGCUUUGUGAAGACUUUCAUCAAACCACCUCCACUUGAUGGAAAUCAUGGUGUAUUUGCGUUAGAUUGUGAAAUGGUAUGCUAAGUUAGGAUCCUUUUAAAAAAUGCAAUUUAAAGUGCAAUUGUGUUUUCCUGGCAGUAUAACUUAAGGACAGAUGUUAUUUUUCUAGAAAAAGAGGUGCUGGAACUCACCCUGAAUGCCUCCCUUAUUCUCUUAGAAUGGCAGUGGCACCCUUCUGAGAGGUGCUGGAACUGAGUUCCGGCUGAAAAAAGGCACUGGAUGCUACUCUCUUCAGUUGAGAAAUGUAGAUCAGACAGGACAGACUGACUUGAGAAGGAAAAACUGCCUCAUAAAAUGCACCUGCUUUUGUUGCUCUCCUGAAUUGCAGUUGGGAAUUAUUUUUAUUGUUUUUAUUCUGAUUGUAUCUAACCCUGGUGUUGCUACAUGAUGAAGGAAUAGUUAAAAACUUAAAAUAUUUUGAAAUUAAAUAAAAUAUGUAAUGCUGGCAAUAUCCUUCUCUGGGAGUUGGAUAUUAGUGGCUUUUUGUUUUUGUUCAUUCCUUCUCUAGAUAUAGAAAGUGCAGGAUGUAUAGGAAAUAGAGGACCAUUUAGCAAAAACAAGUACACAUUUUUACAUGCAGCUACAUGUGUCUUUUUCUUUCAGUGUAAGCAAUUACUUAUAAAACUUGAUUAACGUAGAACUUCCAUUGUAAAUUAACAAUAUAAUCUUUUGGGUAAUCAAGUAGCUUACUAAGAGGUAACUGAUGAAUUGAAAACAUCUUUUAUCAUAAUAGCUGACAGGAAUUUCUAGGAAUUUCCCAGAGAAAAAUGUUACUUUUAGAUUUUAAAGUUUCUAGUAUAUACCUACACCAUGCACUGCCAUGAUUUUCAGUGUAAAAAAUAUGUUUGCAAAGUAGCAAAGAUGUGUUCACCUAUCUCCACCAUUUCAAAAUUACAUUAGUUUUCAUUUCAGUUUAUUCAGAACAUAAUCAGGAACUAAACUUAAUUAUGAAAAAUUCUAUUUAACACAUUUCUCUUCUAGUGUUAUACAACACGUGGAUUGGAACUCUCCAGAGUGACAGUAGUUGAUCCUUCACUUCAUGUCAUCUAUGACACGUUUGUUAAGCCUGAUAAUGAAAUAAUAGAUUUUAAUAAUAGGUAUGUGUCUUAUUCAAAUACCAAAACAUCAAGUGUUUGAAGAUAAGUAACUGUGUUUGCACUCAACAGUAAACCAGAAAUCCUGAGAAUUGGUCAGACUCUGCAUGUGAGUGCAAUAGGGCUCCUUUGCAUUUGCUUCACUCCUCCCUUUGUGUGAGCAACUGAACAAGCCAGGUUUUAAUGCUUUAUCAUGUGAACCCAGGUAUAAUUAAUUGUUUCUAAUCAACCCAAGAUAUUAAGCAUACCUUAGAGCGUAGCUUCCUAAGUGUAAUGGCAAAUGGCUUCAAAUCAAGCUAGGUUAUGAAGCUGUGUUUGGCUUAAUAUCUUCAGCUGUUUUGAAGCCACAAAUUAUAAUUCUAAUCUUCACGUGUAAAUGAUAAGCUAUUAUUUAAGUGCUGAAACCCAACUUUGAUCAGCUGCGUGCAUAAAAGGGAGAAGAAGGAGGCUGUCCUUGUGCAUAACUUGGCCCAUUAAGACAGGAUUUUUGAUUAGCAUUGCAUGUGAAUGCUGUCAGUGAUGUUAUAACCCAUGGGCUACUUGUAUAGCAUCACUGCUUUUUGCUGUAGUAUUUCUAUAAGAAUUGCAUCAGGGCUCUGGAGUUAAGUUACUUAUUGUUAUUUUUUAAUUGAAUUUUAUAAGUAAUAAUUAAGUGUAGGUAAAAUAUAUGCAAAAUACCAGCAGAGAAUAGGAGUCAGACGAAUAAUAGACAGAUAAUAUUAUUACUUUGUCAUGGUCUGAUUCCUUCCCCAAAUUUUUCAUUCCAAAAGGAAAAUAAAAACUCUUCAGUUGUAUCAGUUUUGGGAUAAGUGAAUCUGGUAUUUCUAAAAUAUUCAUGUCUCCCUAUUGUUUUACUUCCCUUGACACUCUGAUUUGCUUUAGGUUUUCUGGAGUGACGGCAGAAGACAUGAAGAGUACUGUAACAUCAAUUCGGGACGUGCAGGCAAUAUUGUUAAACUUGUUUAGUGCAGACACAAUUUUAAUUGGACAUAGUUUAGAGAGUGAUUUGUUUGCUCUUAAGGUAAAUUAUACAGAAUGAUAAUAUAUUUAAAAUGAUUUGAAAUGUUUUGCAUAAAACCUGUUCAGGUUUAACUUCUGUGUACUGUCUAAUACCGCACACAGAAGUGCCCUGCUGGAUUUAUACCAUCUAGCGCAGCAUUCUGUUUCCCACGGUGAUUAACCCACUGCCUCUGGGAACAUGAGGACAACAAUUCUCUCCUUUGUGGGUCCAGGUUCACUGGUGUGGUGUGGGUGAGGGAUAGAUCUAACAUGAAUUGCAAUAAAACAGGAUAGGAGUAUCGGAGUUUAAAGAAGCCAUAACUUUAUUGAUUACAGAUUUCAGUAGGUUUUGGCACUAGGUGUAUAUCCUGAAAUGGACCAAUCGUUGUUCCCCAGUGACUGAUAUUCAUAGGCACACUGCCUCAAGUCUUAGAGGUGACAUGCAGGCAUAUAGUCAUCAUGAAUAAUAGCCAUUGAUGGGUGCCUGCAUACUUGAUGAAUUUGACUAAUUUUUUAAAAUAAGCAAAGCUAGUCAUCAUCACAGUCUAUUGUUGCAGCAAAUUCCAUACUUUAACUAUGCUCUGAGAAAGAACUGCAAUGGUAAACAUGUUACAGAGAAUGGGAGGAUGGGUUGUGUAGCUUGCUAGCCAGGAAAGAGUCUAGGAUGUGUAGUAUGAGGCCUUUUAUAACCUUCCCCCAAAUCUAGUUAAAAUGCCAUGUUGGGCCAAAAUCCAAACCCUUGUGAGAGUACCUUGCCCUCUCACCCUCAGAAUGGCCAGGGCUUCCCAGCCAUUGGAUGCUAUGCUACUGGAGAGACAUGGGAAUAGUGCCACAAGGUAGCUGCAGCCUUUUCACCACUUCCCAAUGGCAUUGCUGUGGCUCAGAGGCCCCUAUGUGAAAAAGUUAAUGUGAUACGGUUUUUGUUGUUGUUGUUUAGUCAUUUAGUCGUGUCCAACUCUUUGUGACCCCAUGGACCAGAGCACGCCAGGCACUUCUGUCUUCCACUGCCUCCCGCAGUUUGGUCAAACUCAUGCUGGUAGCUUCAAGAACACUAUCCAACCAUCUUGUCCUCUGUCAUCCCCUUCUCCUUGUGCCCUCAAUCUUUCCCAACAUCAGGGUCUUAAAGCUUUAACUGAAGCGAUAGUGUGUUUUUUAACCACAAGAAUAUUUUAGGAGGCAAGACACAAUCCAGUUUGAAGUGUCACUGAAUCAUCCAUUUCUUUUCCAGCUGUUUCAUAAUAAGAUUGUGGAUACAUCCGUAGUUUUUCCUCAUCGUUUAGGCCUGCCUCAUAAAAGAGCACUUAGAAAUCUAAUGGCUGAUUAUCUCCAAAGAAUUAUUCAAGAUAAUGGUAAGGCCUGGCGAAAAUGACAGUGUAUUUUACAGUUAAUGGAGAAGAACCAAGAAGCAAGCAAUACCUAUGUUGUCACUCAGACUUUCCAGUUCGAUCCAGGUUUCCCAAAAUAAGGAUUGGUCAUGUGCCUUGUUUGAUCACUGGAAGCUGAGUGUGUGAACUGACUGCAUUGAAAAUAACUGUCUCUGAGGUGAUAUUGAAUGACAUGAAAGUUCUCCCUGUGAUGUCAGGUCUCUGGUGCCUAUUCACACAUGCUAAUGAUAUCUCAAUUGCUUCUUUUAAGUUAUGAGCAAGUGUAUCUAAGAAUCAGCUGUAAGUUCACAAGAAUUAAAUAGUAUGGGCUGUGUAUUAGAAGAGAUUCACAAGCUGUCCUCUUUUCCUUAAUUCAAGAAACAAGUGGCAUGUGCCUUCCCCAUUAAAACUAAUCACGCAGAUACUACACAUUUAAAACUUGGCCAGAGGCCUGCCGUAGCAGAGUGUAAGUUAGCUGGUUUCCUCUGUGAUUUUAAGAUCUUAAAUGUAAAUUAAGUCUACAGAUGUAUGGGAUUACACAUAAACUUCUUGUAGGAUGAGCUAGAAAGUGGAAGAAUGCACAGAGGGUAAUUGAGAGUAUGUACUAUUAGAACAAAUAUCACUCAGAAGACAGCUUUCAAUCCUCUCAUCAUUUUCAGGAGCUACACUGCUAAAAUUGCAACAAUAUUAGUGCUUUCAUGUCUAGUUUGUAUAAAUCUGUGCUCACCUGCAGUGCUGUCGUGCUAUUAAAGCAUCUUCGCCUGUUCUAAAUAGAUGGUAUCCAAACAUUGGAUGUAUUUUGUAUGAUUGAUACAUGUUCUUGAACUGAGUUAUUCACCAAUACAUAAUGCAUGAUGUCUUUUUAAGUCUCGUGGGGUUACAGUUACAGAAAACUAAUGCAUAUAAUCACACAUGUACUUUACAGUUGCUCCAUUACGAUGUAAUGCUGGAGUCAUCAGGAGUUCAAAAGCCUUUCUUCAGGAUUCAGAGCUGGAGUAGGGAACUUGUGGCCCUCCAGAUGCUGUUGUACUAAAACUCUCUUUAGCUCAAUGAGCAUGACAAAUGAUGGGAGUGAGUCCCACAACAUUGGGAGGGCCAAAGGCUAUCUGUACCAUCUGAGCUGCCCCUUUAGGAGCCCUAGAGAAGAUAUUAAAAGCCUAUCUAGCACUUGUUUUACGGGCUAUGCUAUUUUUCAGUACGGUGGUACCUCAGGUUAAGUACUUAAUUCGUUCUGGAGGUCUGUUCUUAACCUGAAACUGUUCUUAACCUGAAGCACCACUUUAGCUAAUGGGGCCUCCAGCUGCUGCCGCGCCGCCGGAGCCCGAUUUCUGUUCUUACCCUGAAGCAAAGUUCUUAACCUGAAGCACUAUUUCUGGGUUAGCGGAGUCUGUAACCUGAAGCAUAUGUAACCUGAAGCGUAUGUAACCCAAGGUACCACUGUAUUAGGCCCUGAAGUGUAUUUUGCUGCACAAACAAAUUCUUAUGAACUGACGAGCUCCAAUCACACAUGAAGUUCUAAAUAGUGAAUGAUCUGCUGUUAUGGAACAUGUAUGUUCGGGCAUAGCCUUGCAUACAAAUGCUUAUUUUAAAAAAUCCAAAAGUGAUGUAGCAAUAAAAUGUGUACUACCUGUUUCUUGCAUCUGUAAACUUUCCUCUGCUUUUCCUUACAAAACUAAUACUUUGGAGUGAAAGGUGUCUGGCUGCUUCAAGUGCCAGCAGUAUCAGCUGCCAGUUGGCAGCUUUUGAUCUAGUUGAGCAUAGGUCCUAUUCUGUGACAGAUCUAGAUCAUAUUGUAGUGUGACUGAAAUCUGAAACCUUGAAACCUAUUCAGGUUUCUUCUGUGACACUGUGGCAUUUUUUCUAUACUAUUAUCCACCCUCAAUACAGUUAGGCUGUGUACGCAUUUGAAAUAACAAUAAUUUUAUUAUUUAUAUCCUACCCAUCUGGCUGCACAUUCUUUCCCUCAAAGAAUUAUGGGCACUGUACUUUAGUGCAGAAUUACAGUAAUCCCAGAAUUACAGCUCCAAGGAGCAAACUAGUGCCCAGAAUUCUUUUGAGGGAAAGAAUGUGCUUUGAGGAGAUAGUGUACAGACUGCCUUAGCGAUUCAUUAUCUUCAAGAUAAUUUUCAAACUUGCUCUUUUAAGAGGGUAAUUUUGGAAACAAAUGCAAAUACUUGAGUUUAUUACUACAACUAUUAAUGUUAAAUAUUCAGUACCAACUUUCUAAUCUUUUAAAUACUAUGCAUAUUCAUGAACGUUAUUUUUUUCUAGUUGGUGGUCAUGACUGUAGUGAAGAUGCAACUGCUUGUAUGGAACUUAUGCUUUGGAAAGUAAAAGAGGAUACUAAAGGCAGAAGAUAUUAAUGCUUUGCAACAACAGCCUUUCUUCAUCAUUUCCUAGUGAAAUACAGUUUUCUACCCCUGUUAUUGUUCUAAUUCAAAAGAGUACUGUGGUAAGUAUAUGCACUAGUUAGUUUUGCUGGAAGUUUGGGUUAAUGAUAUUCAGGAUUAUGAUAUUUUUGUUCAAUAUAAUAUUAGAGUUGAUUAUGGGAGCUUUGUGCUAGUCAGAAUUGUUAAUGUAAACAGCGAACAUUUCCCAAUUUUGGCAGUUUGGAAAGAAUACUGUACUUAUUUUCUUUUUAUGAAGAAUCCUGUACUUAUUUUCCCUUUAUGAAACUUCUGUGUGUCCUAAGCAAAAAAGUUGUUCUCUGGCUGUCACUGUCUGCUGAAAUAAAAACUCAAAAAAGCUGAUAUAAAUAAAACAAAUGUUAAACAUUAUGCAGUCCAUUCAUUUGGUUAGCAGAUCUCUAGCAGUUGCAUAGGUGGCC